UUUACCGCCCAAACCGGCAGCUAUGGCUGGGUGCGUGAGGGGUCGGGUCUUGGGGGCAUAUCGAACAAUAAGAGCGUCGUAUUGUACAAUUUUAGGACUUCGUGCGUGGGAGAAGGUGGUGAAAGGGCCGCAAGUGGAACUGCUUCAUCAGAGUCCGGCGAGGUUUCUCGCGUUAUCCUCAGUGAGGCUUCAUGGGGAUUAUGAGUGGCAGGAUCCAAAGUCUGAAGAUGAAGUAGUGAAUGUGGUCUUCAUAAAUCGGGAAGGUGAAAGGAUUCCAGUGAGGGGGAAAGUUGGAGACAAUGUCAUGUACCUGGCCCACAGAUACAACAUUGAAUUGGAAGGCGCCUGCGAGGCUAGUCUGGCCUGCUCCACCUGUCACGUGUACGUGCACCCCGACUACGUGGACCGGCUGCCGGAGCCGGUGGAGGACGAGGAGGACAUGCUGGACCUGGCCGUCUUCCUGCGCGACAACUCCAGGCUGGGGUGUCAGAUCAUCCUGACCAAGGAGCUGGAGGGGGUGGAGCUCACGCUGCCGGCCGCCACGCGCAACUUCUACGUGGACGGCCACGUGCCGAAGCCGCAUUGACGGCGCUCUGCGGCUGCGGCGGCGGCGGUAGUGGUGCCUCGUCAGUGUCGCCGGGCGGGACGUCGCGUGGAGGCGGGCCGCCGGUCGCGGAACCUCGAUCGGUGGCCGUUGGCAGUGCCUUACGGCCACGCUGUGCUGUGCCAUGCCGAGAUGCUGAGACGUCGUUGUGGCGCUGAGGCACCGCCGGCCGGGCGUCGGGCCGCUGCCCUCAGGGUCGGCCGGGAACUGGGUCACCGCUCCGGCCCCCGGCUGCUGACCCAUGGCAGCCGGUGCCGCCGUCGGGGCGCCGCAGCUGGUGUGGCGCGUGCCGGCCUGGGUCUCCGGCGCGUCCAGCGCGGCCCUCCGCCGCUCGGCCCUCCGCUCCUGCGGGGUUGGCUGGUGGCGCUGAAUGGUGGACGGCGAACUGCGACCUCUGAGUGUUGAGAUGCGAAUGUUUUUAGGUCCUUGCUGACAACGGCGCUUGUGAUAUAGCCAGCCUUGUUUGUUAAUGGUAGCCAGUUUAUAUGUUAUGUUAUACAA